AUGGGCUACGGCGAUGAGGGCAGGUGGACAUACAAGCUCCUGUACGAGCCGGCCCUCACGGACGAGCUGCGUCGCCUUGCAAACCCUCGCAGUACAGCAAAUAUCGACAGCGUUACCUUCCAGCCGUGCAGGAGUUACGAGCAGCGGAGUCAAGACCGCUACGUCGUGCAGCGGUGGGAUGUCGGGGGUAGCGUCUGGGUCUUCACUGGAAUAUUUGACGGCCAUGUCAAUCAUGACACGGUGGAGUACGCUACCGAGAAAUUACCGCCUCUAGUUCGUACGUCGCUGGAGGGUCUCCUGGCGCAGGCGACAUCACCUUCUCCCGCGCGGAUUUCUGACUUGCUGUCCCAGGCCAUUGCGGAAGUCGAUUCAGCCAUCAUGUCGGACUUUCUGUCUAUGUUUGCCCAGUCGAACGUUGACGUGUGCAAUGCUCGCCCGGAGUUCAUGAGGCCAUUCAUCAACGAUCACACGAGAGGAGGCAGACACUAUCAGAGGGUCUCGUGUGCACUUGGUGGGACUACCGCGCUCCUCACAUUAUACAACGAACGGCGCGGUGACCUGUGGGUUGCUAACGUAGGUGAUUGUUGUGCGGUGCUUGGAACAUGGGAUCGGUCACGGUGGUCCGCGACAUUGAUCAAUUCGAUUCAUAACGGGAACAACGCCACCGAACUCAAUCGCGUCAGGUCUGAGCAUCCACCACAGGAGCGAUGCGUCAAAGAUGAGAGGAUUCUAGGAUGGCUGGCACCAACACGAGCCUUAGGAGAUUUUUGGCUAAAAUUGCCUCGAGUGUACACAGAAAAUGUCUUCAUUCACUUCGAUGGAAUGAAGCGGGAGUCGCUACGUAAAUACCUCCCCCGACUGCAGACCCCGCCGUAUGUUUGCGCCAAAGCCGACGUCUACCAUCGGCGGGUACGCGGACGCCAGGGCGGAGCCAGCCCGUGCGAUGGAUUUCUCAUCACCUGCACCGACGGGAUGCUCGACCUUGCGCACUCAGAACCUCUACAAAUCUCGCAGCAGCUUAUUGACGGUUGGGUAGGCGUUAUAGGACGGGCCUUGCAAAAGAGGCACGCGCAUCCACCAAACCUCGCGCUCGCACUGCUACGCGAGAGCGUUGGUGGCGAGGAUGCGGAGCUGGUGUCACGCAACUUGACUGUGGAGAUGGACGAACGCUGGAUGGACGACACGACGAUCCUCGUGCAGCGCUUCACAUGA